GUCCACUAGAGCUCGCGAUCGGCCGCUGUAGGUCCGCUCCCUUACAGUGCUGACGGAUAUGUGAAGAUUUGCAUGCGUGUAGUCGACCUGAGUACUAAAAAUGAAUGGAUUUAUAAAGCAAAAAAAAACAACAACCCCGAAACAAUAUGUUACUGUCACACUGACCACUUUAACCGUAUCACUAAAGCCACCAAAAUAGCAAAACUCGACCUUUAUGACUAAGACAUCAGAAAUACGAGGAGUACCUGAACGCCGCAGGGAAUGUUGUCAGUGGGAAGGCUUCAAGAUGGUGAAAUUUGCGCUCCAGUUUAAAGCCACUCUGGAGAAUCUCACCAAUGUGAGACCCGUGGGCGACGACUUCCGCUGGUUCCUGAAGCUGAAGUGUGGGAACUGUGGCGAGGUCCCAGAUAAAUGGCAGUAUGUAACCCUAGUGGAGAGUGUGCCGCUAAAAGGAGGAAGAGGCAGUGCCAGCAUGGUGCAGAAGUGUAAACUUUGUGCUAGGGAAAAUUCAAUUGAUAUCCUGGGAGACACAAUCACGCCCUACAAUGCAGAGGAUAGCGAAAGCUUCAAAACAAUGGUGCAGUUUGAGUGUCGAGGUCUGGAGCCCAUUGACUUCCAACCACAGGCUGGCUUUGCUGCACAAGGAGAAGAGUCAGGGACACCGUUUCCUGAAAUCAACCUACAAGAAAAAGACUGGACAGACUACGAUGAGAAAGUCAACGAGUCUGUGGGAAUAUAUGAGGUGACACACCAGUUCAUCAAGUGCUAAUGUCAUCAUGUGAUGAGCCUCAGAGGUUGGCGAAUGAACACUACGGCCAAACAACUUCAGGCCUGUUUCCUGGCAACCAGGAGGCUUCGGAUGCUGAAGUGGCUUGGUUUGGUUGAUGAUGAACAUUGAGAGGUGUGUGGAUUAACAGCACAGGUUGUCCAUACACACGUCUUGGAUUCUUGGAUUGAUCAACGUACUCAACAGAUGAGAUGAGAUUUUUUUUUUUUUUUU